AAUGUUAGAAAAUAUACACGAUGACGUUAGUAACUCGGUGAAUGUCAAUUGCAGAGCGCAAUUUCUGCAACGCUCUUUAUUUUCCAACUAGAUAGUUAAAAAAAAAUAAGUAAGUUAAAAUAAGCAUUCAGGAAGAAGUCUAUAAAUAAAAAAAAUUUGACAUGUCACUGGUACCGAUGCUGUUCUCCAGCUGGUGGGAAAGCCUCAGGCAGGCUCACCGUAUUGACAAUCAAGAAUUCGGGAUGCCUAUAAAUAAUAUAUACUUCCCAGCAUCCAGUUACAGAAAUUACCAGCAUCCGUUGUUUGAUGUAGCUUAUCAACGCAGUAGAUUUAUCACGCCCAAAUACAGAGACGAAGAGAAGUUCACUGUGACCUUGGACGUGGCCCAGUAUAACCCGGAUGACAUUGCUGUUAAAGUUGUUGGCAAUGUUAUUAUUGUCCAAGCGGGAGAUGAGUUUGAGCUGGAUGAGUUCGGGACCUUGUCCAGAGAAUUUGAGAGGAAGUAUGAAGUUCCGGAAGAGUAUGAUGUUGAUGAAGCAAAGUCAGAGUUGUCUUCUGAUGGAGUUUUGACAAUCAGAGUGCCUAAAAAAGAAUCAGAAGGUGGUAGACCUAUUUUGAUUGAAUAUUUACCUUAUCUUGCUGUUGUUGAAGUUGAUCCUAAUGUUGCGGAGGUUGAGAGGCCAAGGUCACCCAAUCGACGUCAAAGAUACAAUGGGUCUGUUGCUGCUGGGUAAUUUUAAAUUAAUUCUUACCACUGAAAAAUUUAUUUUAAAUUAAAUAAAUUGAAUAUUUUUA